CUCGCUGCUUUGAGUCUUCUGCUGUGGGCUACCAACUUCCUGAACAAGCAAUUUCAUAAUAACUGGACCACUGACCCGGAUUGGGAUUGGAACAAGGAGAUUGUAGUUAUCACCGGAGGCAGCAGCGGCAUUGGAGCUCAUCUAGCCCGACAGCUGCAUGCUCGGAAUCCAAAGACAAUGAUCGUCAUCAUUGACUACGUCCCGUUAACCUGGACACCAAUUGAAGAGGCCUACACUAAGUACUACCAAUGCGACCUCAGCGACAGCUCCCGAAUUCGUGUCAUCUGCGAACAGAUCCGAAAUGAAGUUGGCCAUCCUACGGUACUUGUUAACAAUGCUGGCAUUUGUCGAGGUACCACGGUCUGUGAUGGAUCGUACGCGGAUGUGGAGGUCACCAUACGGACGAAUCUCAUCGCACCAUUCUUGCUUGUCAAAGAGUUUUGCCCAGAGAUGGUCAUUCGCAACCAUGGCCACAUCGUCAACAUUAGCUCAAUGAGCGCAUUUCUUCCACCGGCCAAAGUGGCAGACUAUGCUGCAACCAAGGCUGGACUGAUAGCCUUGCAUGAGGCGCUACAGUUAGAGCUGAAAAAGGCAACCCGUGUCAGACUAUCACUUGUUGUUCUCAGCUUCACUCGCACGCCGUUGUUCAAAGGCAAAACGAAUCAAUCCAAUUUCCUGUUCCCGGUUUUGGAUGUUGAGUGA